AUGAAUUGUUUUCGAAGUACUAAAAAUAUUAAAGAAUCACACUAGUAUAAACAAUAAUUAUAAAAUAGAUUCCAUUCAGCAUAGGUUAAUUUAUAUUAGAAUAACAAAAAAUGUAGAAAAAUGAAAACCAAAUAUCCUAUCGUAUAUGAAAUCAUGAAUAAAAAUUCUAUUAAUAACAGGAAAGUUGUUUCACAUUUGCUUUUAAUAAAGAUUGCUCAUAUGUAUCAGCUGCUGUAGGAAUUCAAUAAAAAUAUAUGA